AUGUCUGCCUUUGAAAAGCUAAAGCUCCUCAUUUGGAAAAAUUUUCUUUUACAAAGAAGACACAAAUGGCAAACAGCUUUUGAAAUUGCAUCACCUGUGAUAUUUUCUUUAUUUCUAAUUCUAACAAGAUGCCUAGUGGACCCAAAAGCAAAACCAGAUAUAAGUUAUCCUCCAUUUCUCCCAACAUAUUUCAACCUAACUGGAAGAAGUUUAGGCAAUCUCACAACAACAAAAUCAGGAACUCUAGCAUUCUCCCCUGAAAACCCUCUUACUAGAAAGGUAACUAAGGAUGCCAUUGCAAUGGUAGCUGAUGAUAAUUUUAGCAUACUUUUUGCUCUUCUAUUUGAUUCAAAUGUUUUACCUCAACCCAAAGGCUACAAAAAUGCUAAAGAAAUGGAAUUAGCUCUUACUCAACCUAAUGCAAUGAACCAAAUUCUUGUUGGAAUCCAAUUUGAUGACAGUAUGGCAAAUGCUACAGAAUGGCCAGAUGACAUAACUCUAACACUAAGAUUCCCAGCUGUGAUGAGAACUCCGAUGGUGGAGCACCCACUUAGGGCUAGUUGGCGUACGAAUUUAUUGUAUCCGUUGUUCCCGCGCCCUGGUCCCCGUGAUCCCGACGACAUGUACGGUGGAAAAACACCAGGAUAUUCGCCAGAAAUGUUCUUAGCGGUUCAGCAUGCUAUAUCACAGGAAAUUAUAAAACAGAAAGCCGGGAAACCGAUUGGCACGAAAGUUUACCUACAACGUCUACCUCAACUUGCAUACAGGGAAGAUCAAUUGUUAGUGGCACUUGAAAGAUUCAUAUCAAUGAUAAUCAUGCUCUGCUUCGCGUAUUCCUUCGUCAACACUGUCAGGGUCGUAACUUUUGAGAAAGAGUUACAGUUGAAGGAAACUAUGACAAUAAUGGGCCUUCCAUCGUGGUUACAUUGGUUGGCAUGGUUCAUCAAACAGUUUUCGUUCCUGCUGAUAUCUGUUGCCCUUAUUGUUAUCCUGUUCAAGACACCAUUCAACCGGACGCAGGCUGGCGACGGUUAUUCUGUACUUACAUUUACACCAUGGAGCGUCCUUUUUUUCUUUAUGAUCUUGUUCGUCAUCGCCUCAUUAUCAUUUUCUUUUAUGGUCAGCGUCUUCUUUUCUCGAGCCAAUACAGCUGCAUCGUUUAUGGGCCUGGCCUGGUUCGCCGCGUACUCUGUUUACAUGUUGACCCAAGUACUUUACGAAGACAUAAGUCUGACAACGAAACUGUUAUUAAGUCUGAUAUCAAACACUGCUAUGGGAUAUGCGUUCCAAAUUAUCAUCAUGUGUGAAGGAACUUCUAAAGGUCUACAAUGGGACGAGUUCUUCACUCCGAUAUCAUACCAGGAUCAACUUCAGCCGGGCCAUAUAGCUCUAAUGCUGAUACUCGACUCGAUACUCUACAUGUUGAUAGCGAUGUAUGUCGAGAAGAUAAGGCCAGGGCUCUAUGGAGUCCCGUUGCCCUGGUACUUCCCCUUAACGAGGAGCUUUUGGAAACCGAAAAAGCAUAAAGUGGCAGAGAUAACUGGAAAAGAUUCAAAUAAUCCGGAGUACAAUGAUGCUUUAUUGAAAGUCGUUCAUGACCACGACGAGGAACCGAAAGGCGUGCCAGUGGGCGUCAACAUACAGAAUUUAACGAAAAUAUACAAGGGUCGUAAAAAAGUCGUAGACAAUUUGAACCUGAGGAUGUAUGAGAACGAGAUCACCGUGUUAUUGGGUCACAAUGGCGCUGGGAAAACAACCACUAUAUCCAUGCUUACAGGCAUGGUUCCGCCCACAUCUGGGAAAGCGUACAUCAACGGCUACAAUAUAGUGACGGAAACUGGUCUAGCGCGCAAGUCACUCGGCAUCUGUCCACAACACAACGUACUUUUCCCAGACCUCACGGUCGCGGAACACAUCAUAUUUUAUUCACGGCUAAAAGGUGUUCCGAAAAGUAAAAUCAAGGACGAAGUAAAUCAUUUCGUCAAACUCCUUGAAUUAGAACAAAAGCGAGACGUGACGUCUGACAAGUUGUCAGGCGGUCAGAAGCGGCGUUUGUCUGUUGGGGCUGCAAUGUGCGGCAACUCGCGCGUGGUACUGCUGGACGAGCCCACGUCCGGCCUUGACCCCGCCGCGCGCCGCGCAUUGUGGGACCUACUGCAGAAAGAAAAGAAAGGUCGCACAAUGAUACUGACUACACAUUUCAUGGACGAAGCCGAUGUACUCGGUGAUAGAAUAGCAAUCAUGUCUGGGGGCCAACUACAGUGUGUAGGGACCCCUUACUUCCUCAAGAAACAUUACGGCAUCGGCUACAAAAUAACUAUCGUUAAAGGAGAAAACUGCAUACCUGAUGAAGUCACAAAGUUCUUCAAAACUUACGUGCCAGAUAUUAAGGAGAAUACUAAUAUAGGUUCGGAAUUAACAUACAUCUUGCCUAGUGACAAUGUUAGUAAAUUUCCGGAGAUGCUCAAAGAAUUUGAAGAGAAAAAGGAAUCUUUGUGUGUAUCUAGUUAUGGACUCUCAGUUACCAGCUUAGAGGAGGUUUUUAUGAAGGCAGGCGCAGAAGAUCUAGAAAGUUCGUCAGCGAAAAGUAAAAACCAUACCAAUUCUGGACCUUACAACGAAUGCGCAAUCGCACCUCUAGCCAACAACAUUCCGGAUAAUGAACCUAUACAAAAAGUGCGCGGAUUCAAACUUUUGCGGAAUCACAUAAAGGCAAUGUUUUUGAAACUGGCUUAUAACACGAUGAGGAACAAACUGACUGCCUUAAUACAGUUCGUGACGCCUAUAAUUAAUAUCACAAUAUCAGUAGUGAUAGCUAGGUCUUGGAAAUUUUUGUCUCAAUUGCCACCGUUGACCUUAAGUCUUGAAAGUGGGUUUGCAAAGACAGAAACUUUAAUGUCCCAAGUAAACUUAACAGAUGGUAGUAUCGAAGCCAAAGCUAUGAUGGCGUAUAAGGAUUACUUUAAAACUUCUACGUACCCAGGAAUGUCACUAAACGAUUUAGGCACCAGUAAUUUAGGGAAAUUCUAUUUAAAACUGAGCGCAGAUGAUCUCUCAAGGGUAAGAAAUGAAAUUCCCAUUGGUGCUACGUUUGGUGCGCGCAAUAUAACAGCUUGGUUCAGUAACUACGGAUACCAUGACUCAGCGAUAUCUUUGGCGCAUGUCAAUAAUGCAAUCAUGAAAGCUAUGUCGCCUGGAAGCAACUUGAGAAUUAUCAACUACCCAUUGCCAUAUUCCAUUGAAAAUUUGGUGAAGGUCAUGGCUUCCGGCAGCAGUAUGGGAUUCCAGUUCGCAUUCAACAUCGGCUUUUGUAUGGCUUUCGUCACCGCUUUCUUAGUACUCUUCGUUAUUAAGGAGCGUAUAAGCGGCGCGAAGCUUCUUCAACGUGUGUCAGGCGUGCGCCCCGCAGUCAUGUGGACGACUGCACUUAUUUGGGACUGGUUCUGGCUGUUCCUCGUCUACCUCUGUAUUAUACUCACCCUCGCUUGCUUUCAAGAAAGCACUUUAUCUUCACCUGCUGAACUAGGCAGGGUCCUUCUAGUCCUAAUGGUGUUCUCAAUAGCCACUAUACCACUACACUACCUCGCAUCAUUCUACUUCGAAGCAGCUGCUACUGGCUUCUCGAAAAUGUGUUUCAUGAAUAUAUUUACGGGUUGCAUGCCAUUUUUAAUCAUCGAAUUAUUGAGAUUACCUGAAGUAGGCAGUCCGUUUUACGCUCAUCUGUUCGACUGGAUUUUUUCUCCGUUGCCUAUUUACUGCAUCAGUAGAAGUUUCAGGGACAUGAGUGUAUCAUCGUUCUCAAUGAUGGCAUGCGAUGGUCUCUGCGACCAAUUGAAGAUUGACAACUGUACGCGUCACACAAUCUGCAAGCAGCUGAAACUCUCCGUGUGUUGUAUUGAAGAUGAUCCGUACAUGAGAUGGGAAGAGCCGGGCAUUGGAAGAUAUCUGUUCAUGAUGAGCAUGGUUGGAAUCUUAUCGUUCAUUAUAUUGCUCAUUAAGGAAUACGAGCUUUUGAACAAGGUAUUCUACUCUUCAAGCAACCAGCCAACUCCGGCGGUAGGCAAAGGGGAUGAUGAUGUAGAAACAGAACGUCGCAGAGUCCAAGAGUUUACAAGACCCCAAGUAGCCCAGCAAAGUCUCGUAUGCAGAGACCUUACUAAAUUCUACAAACAUUUCCUUGCUGUCAACAGACUUACUUUUGCCGUGAACAAGGGAGAGUGCUUUGGGCUACUGGGUAUAAACGGUGCGGGCAAAACCACAACGUUCCGUAUGUUGACUGGCGACGCCCACAUCUCUGGCGGUGACGCAUACGUACACGGAAUGUCCAUCAAAACGCAUCUACAAGACGUCUAUAGACAUAUUGGUUACUGCCCGCAGUUUGAUGCCUUGUUUGAAAACCUCACGGGUCGCGAAACAUUGCGGAUAUUCUGUUUACUGCGCGGCAUACCGUCUGCUGUCGGUAAUGCCCGAGCGUUACAUCUUGCCACUUCACUCGGAUUCUUGAGGCAUUACGAUAAAAAGGUAUUUGCAUGUAGCGGAGGGACUAAAAGAAAAAUUAGCACAGCAGUGGCAUUACUUGGUGAUGCACCAUUAGUGUUCCUCGAUGAGCCGACUACAGGUAUGGAUCCCGCAUCGAAGCGACUAGUAUGGACGUGUAUAAGCGAGGCAGUGAUAGCGGGGCGCAGUAUAGUGCUGACGUCACACAGUAUGGAGGAGUGCGAAGCUCUGUGCUCGCGACUCACUGUCAUGGUCAACGGACAGUUCUACUGCCUCGGACCUCUACAGCAUUUGAAAAAUAAGUUCUCACAAGGAUACACAUUAAUAGUUAAAUGUAAAUCUGGCGUAGACAGGGAUAAUGACGUGAUCAAGAUCAAAAAUUAUAUUAUCGACAACUUUAAUGAUUCGAGACUUAUCGAGUCAUAUCUGGGUAUUAGCACAUUCUAUAUCAACGAUGCUGGAUUGCCAUGGUGGCGAAUAUUCGAUAUUAUGGAAGAAGCGCGGAAACAGUUCCCAAUAGAGGACUACUCCGUAGCACAGACUACGCUAGAACAGGUAUUCCUACAAUUUACAAGAAUGCAGGGCAACACAGAGGCUUAA